AUGUGUUUGUUGGGUGACCGUGAGAGUGGGAGUAAGAGUGAGAAGAAGGAAUUGUUGAAAGAAGGAUUAUCAACCACCAAGAAUCAUCCUUUCAAGUGUCUCUCCAGGCUCAAAUGUGGUGCGAAGACCCUGUACAUGAUGGCUCCUUGGAGGAAACUGUGCAACAGUGGACCAGCCAAAUUAUGA